ACUAUGAAAUGUAACGGGGGAUAACUCUAAAAUCAACACAUUUGUGUUGAGAGGACUGAGGCCGUGAUGUAACUGUGUGCGUAGCUUCUGAUGUAAACAUCUCCCGGAAUAUAAAUUUGCAUUUAUUGUGACCUGCAUUCAUAAACACAAGCAGAAUGUGAUGUUUGUAUAAGAAAAACCAACAUUGCCAAAAACAGUUAGAAACCCCAUCAAUGCAUAAUCAAGAAACCAUGAAGACGGAAAAGGCCGACCAGAUUAUUCCAGAAAUAGCCAUGCGGGGGGCAUCCAUGAGAGAUAUUCAAGUCACAAUGGCGGAGCAUGAGGGCAGCGAAGAUGAAAUCACCCACAGGGAACAUGAAAUUAAUUUAAAAGUGCCAAACCACAACAAAAUUAUUACGUCUCUAAUUGCUGGAGCAAUGGCCGGAGCCGUGGCGAAGACUGUGAUAGCACCGCUGGACAGAACAAAAAUCAACUUCCAAAUUUCCAACAGACAGUUUUCCUUCAGAGGGGCGAUUCUGUUCCUCGUAGACACGGUGAAGAAGGAGGGGGUGACUAAGCUUUGGAGAGGGAACUCGGCCACCAUGGUGCGGAUCAUUCCCUAUGCCUCUAUCCAGUACACCGCUCAUGAACAGUAUAAACGCCUGCUGAGCACAGACAAGAGGAAACAACAUCUUCCUCCACACCUGCGCUUCCUGGCGGGGUCUAUGGCUGGAGUAACAUCCUCAUCUCUCACAUAUCCACUGGACCUGAUGAGGGCCAGAAUGGCAGUCACUGUUAAAGCGCAGUACAGCAAUUUGUGGGCAGUGUUUCGACACAUUGUGAAAUCCGAAGGACCUGCCAAUCUCUACAGGGGCUUCACACCCACAGUACUGGGGUCGAUUCCUUACUCAGGGGCCAGCUUUUUCACAUACGAAACUCUGAAGAAGUGGCAUGCAGGUCACUGUGAUGGUCGGGACCCCACCCCCAUUGAGAGGAUGAGUUUUGGUGCAGUGGCUGGUUUAUUAGGGCAAUCUGCUUCUUAUCCAUUGGACAUUGUACGUCGCAGGAUGCAAACAGCAGGGGUGACAGGCCACAGCCACGACUACACCUCCAUCUACAAGACAGUAUGUUUGGUCUGGAGAACCGAGGGCUGGAGGGGUCUCUACAAAGGACUCAGCAUGAACUGGAUCAAAGGCCCGAUUGCUGUGGGAACCAGUUUCACUGUGUACGACAUUUCCCUUCACUGGCUUAGGAGUUUCACAUAUUUCCAUAUCGACGAUGAGGAUUGGACGUAAACAGUCUGUUCAUGUAGCCUCUUCAGGAAUAUGUAGUUUAAAUUCUGCCGUACAAGUUUUCUUAGGAAUAUGUUAACGAUAAUUAAUGUGAUAUUGUGAUUACUGUUGAAAGACAGUCUUCAUAUCAGAGGACUAGAGUUGUAUGUUCAGAAAAUCUGUUUCUUUUAAAUUUCUUUGUUUUAUCAUUUGUUGAAAUAAGAGCAUAAUAUUGUGCAGCAGGGAUAGGUAAUUAAUGAUUCUUGCAACAAUGUAUGAACCUUGGGUUGUCAUUUUUUUAUAUCUCAAUAUAUGCUGUACAAGUGUUACUGGAUCACUGCCCAUUCUCCCGACUUUCCGGUAAUUUGUAAGAAAUUUGGUGUCUGAAGUGUGACAUGAUCUGGUGUGAUUUAGAAACUUUCCACAGAUUUAAGUAUAUAUUUCUCUCUUGUACAUCUACAGUGUAUGCUUCAAAGAAACUGCUUCAUUUGCUUCUCCAAGCUUGUUUACUGCUUUCAACAAUUUUUCAGUUGUCUUACAAAUGUAAAUUUAUAAUGAACCUACUUUGAAUUUUUGAGCUCUGCACAGAAACCUGGCAUUUUAGAUUGAAAAAUCUUGUAUUUAAGUAGCAAAUUUAGAUAAAUUAAACGUAAGUUUUUGUACAUAUGAAAAUAUUGUGUGUAUAAUAUAUUUCAUUUUAGAUUAUGUUUAAUUAGUAAAUGAAACUUUUAUGAUAUACAACAGGUUUUCAUGGGAUUUCUUAACUGUGUUGUCAUGAAAAGUAUACUUUUUAAUUAGAAUGUAACUUUGAUAUCAAAGGUAAAUCUGUCAUGAUUAUCAAAGUUUGAGGAAGAUCGGCAUUGAAGAACAGAGAUUUAGGUUUGUUGUCCUUCCAGCAUGCUGCAUACAUUAUGCCCAGUAAUUUCACAUAGGUUAUAGAUGCAUCAGCAGGUAACGUCCUUUGCUGCCAUCUUGUGAUAAAAAACCAACUUUUCCCUUCUUUAUACACCACCCUAGCAAGCUUACCACUAGAACUUGCCAGUAAAUUUCUAGCUUCCCUCGCAAUCAAAGGAGGGGAUGCAAAGUUAAUUGAAAGUUAUUCAUUUAAAAGAAAAUAAAUUACCAAGGAAACAGACCCCCCCCCCCCCCCCAAAAAAAACAAAAACAAAAACAAAACAAAACAAACCCCACAAUGAUCAUAUUUGGAAAGAUGAUAUCCAAGGAACACAGCUUUUGGUUUAUUGCAUGGAAAAUUUUCAAUUAGAAUUAUAUGAUCUACUGAUAAAUGGCAAGAUGAUACGAUACACCCUAGUAACUGAGAGUGAUGGAUAUUGGGUGGGGUGGGGUGGGGGUCUGCUACAUAUUUAUAUUGUAUACAGACAAUCUGUAAAGGACUACCGUGAAUCAUUCGAAAUCAGUUUUCUACAAUCAUGUCUUCUAACACACAGCCAGUGUUAGAUUGUGUAAAUCAUUGAGAUGAAGUUUGUUCAUUUCAUUCAUCUUGUAACAGAAAAGAACUACCGUAGGUCAUCUGAAUAAUCUUAUUUGAUUCUUUUUAUUUAUUUUGUUUACUUUAAUUAAAAACUGUAUACAUGUACAUUUCAAGGUAAGAUAACUGUGUACAUAAAGUAGAAUACAUGUAGAUAAGACAUGCAGAAUUAAUGAUAGUCAUAGCAGUGAAUAUAAUGACUAUGUACUGUAAUAUGGGUUUCCUGCCAGUUUGUUUUUAAAUUGUCCCAUAUAUUGUAUGUUUCUCUGACUUCAGACAGUAUGUACCAUAUGUGUUGAUCAUGUUCUGCUAAUUGACAAAUUUUAAUCCUUGUAUAUUCAUGUUUAUCAGGAUGACAUUAUAAGUGUAUGAAUCUGGUUUUGGUUAAUCUACAUGGCCUGUGAUUUUUAUUUUAAUUACUGAUUGACAAUUUUCGAGGAAAUGGUUAACAUUAUCUUCCAGAGGAAUCAGAAUGGAAAAUUGUAAUUUGUGGCGAUUUCAACUUCAAAAUUACUGAUUUUCAGAGAAAUUGAAGGAUUUUUUUUAGCAUUAGGGCCAGAAAUAUCAUCUAGAUGGGUUUUCAUUCAUACGUUUUAUAUCACCAGUUACCUAGUCCUUCGGCUGUUGAGUGCAACGGCCACGUGUAAUGUUACAAUACAGAAUUCAAAUAUUUUGCUGAAAGUGCUCCAUGUUACAUGUAGGCAUCACGUACAGUAUUUUAUUAAUAGUGCUUCAUGUUAUGUUAAUAUAAGUUUUACAAUUUAAUAAUUUGAUAAUAUAAAAAUAAAUAAUAUAAAUCACUUAAAAAUUUCAUAGCUAUAAAUUUUUUAUUAAAAAAAGUAAUGAAACAAAUUUUUUACCGUUUGAUUUGAAAUAAAGUAAUCUGAAACAUUUUACACUGUUCAUGAGUUACAGGUUACGAUGUUUAAAAUGGGUAAAGAUAUGAUGUAACUUUCUAUGUUCGAAUACAAGCUAGAUUUUUUCAUAUGGUAUUUGGUGUGUGUAUUACGUGUAUUUAUUGAUUUGGAAGAGAUAACAAGGCAUAUUCAAGGGCAUUUGUCGAUUUAUAAACAGCAAUAUACACAAAGUAGAUAUAUUCUAGUUUCAGGUAUCAAAUAAUGCACAGAACUAAAUUUUGUGAACAUUAUUAUUUUAUUUUUGCAAUUUGAAUGAACGAUUUUCUGGAGCAAACAUAAAUUUAAGAGAAUUUGAAAUAAGUGUUUAUGAGUUGAACCAAAUUGACAUUAUAGUCUUAACAUUCUGAAUAUUUGAGGAAUUUAAUUGAUAUCUGCAGUAAAGAAAUAUGAUAUUCCUAAAAUCUGAUACUGUAUGUAAUAAUUGCCCCUGUUUUAUAAGAUGAUUUCAUUCUGUACUUACAGUAUAGCAUAUAUUUUGUAAUGAGUUAUCUCCCUUCGUCAUGGUCCGUAUUUAAUUUAAUAUUACCUCAAUUUCAUGCUAUUGAGAAGGAGUUUGUGUAGAGCAUAUUUAUAAAUGGAGAGGUUGAGGAACAUUUUUAUCACAUGAAAAAAAUAUAUAUGAGUGGAUUGUGUGUAUACAUGUAGAUCUAAUUUUUAGUGUGUGUGAAGUGUUUGUCAUAAAUUAAGGAUUGUCAUACAUGUCAUCAGAUUGCUUCCUAACUAAAAUUUAUUUCUAAUCAAUGUGUGAUGUAUAUUCAUGUAAAGAGUCUUCAGUGUAUGGAAUAUAUAUAUAUAUAUAUAUAUGUGGAAGUAAGAAUACAAAUAAUUCUAGAUAUGCAAGCUUUGGUAAGAAAAAUGUUUAACAACGAAAUUUUCAGAGGACUGACUGUUACUAAAGAUGAUAAAUACAUGUUUUCAUUUUUUAACUAAAAUUUUCUCUUUCAUUUUGGGAUAUUGACAAACUUUGUGGUAAUGAAUAGAGCUUGUUAGAAAAUGUGAAUUUUUAUAGGUGUGUCAUAUAAUGUAUGAAUUAUUAUAAUAAUGUACAUGUAUGUGUGCGUGGAAUGAGUGAGAAAUGAUGUUGCAAUAUACUGACGAUGUUACAAUAUAGAGACGACAUCUAUUCGUGAACAUUUCUGUAUAUCUUAUGAGUGCUAUCUGUUUUUAUUCCUCAUGCGUUAUGUGAUAUUUUUCCUGAAUAAAAGUUGAUUCAUACUUA